AUGAGACGAGGACUGUUUGAGGACGAGGUGUGUCUUAGCAUCCCAUGAUCUGUUUGGAAGUUAUCUGGGGACUCACAUGUUUGGGACUGUUGUUUGCGUGGAUUUGUAUUUGACAUAGGACUACCUGUGAAGUGUGAAGGUUCAUGUACUGUAAGGGAGGUCCUGAAAACUCCAAUUCUGAUGUCACUCAAACUUCUUGUCUUGUGUGAAUUCCCGUUAACUGUCUACUUUGCAACUUAAAUAAAUCCAGAAAUUCAGUGGGGGCCCUGUUCCAUAACCUCUGCACUCGUAUAGGAUAGCACAUGUCAGGGGUUCAGGAGCAGAGGCAAGGGCAAGGGAGGAAACAGAGAGCGAGGGGGAGGAGGCAGAAGAAAAGAUGAGUGAUGACGACGACCCGAGAUCUCCGAGUCUUUCCAGUGAAUCAGAAGAUUCACAGAAAGGAGCACCAGUGGCCAGGGCAAGGGGGAGCCUAGGGGACGCCCCAGGAAGAUAGAGCCAGAGGGGACUCAGAGGGAGCAGUUGGAAAUCGGGACCAGCGUCACCGCCAGAGAGCAGGGAAGAGGAAGGGAGCCAGGGAUCAAGCGCUGGCAGCUCACAACAGGGGGGAGGGCACGAGUCAGGAGUGGCCACACCUCCAUCGGGGAGCGAAGAAACGGUCAGACGGAAGGUGGAAGGUUGGGCGCGCGCGCCAAGUUCAAAUGCACAGGAAAGUGGCACAGUAGGCAGCCCGGACAGGGAGCCAGGUCCUAAAGCCCGCCGAAAGGAGGGAGAAGAGUCAGGGGGGUCAGCGUCAGAGGAAUCCCGGAAAGAAGAGACCCCAGGGGGCAGAGGGACCCAGAGAAGAACAGUCAGGCGGAAAAGGUGGAGCAGGGCUAGGAUAUUAAGUUGGUGUACAAGGGGCGGAGACUCAGACGGAGCUUCGCCGGUCUAACCAUGAGACGUAGAGUUGCACGCAGCAGUUUGAGAAUGGAAACUGUAACUCAAUAAAGACUUUUGUUUAAUGAUCGCUGGCUAGCGUGAUCCUCUGUGAGCUAGGAUCUGGAAGCAGCUCUGACAGCACAGUUUUGCACAUGCAAAGUGAGAGCCAAAAUGAGAGAUUUGAGACUGAAUCCCACCUUAGCCGUGACCAGCCUUGUUCUUGGCCAAUGUUCCACAUUCCAUCCUCUAUAAAGUCAGGAUUUGCCUCACAGGACAAAUGAGAUUAAGAGAGCAGGACAUUCUAUAAUUUAUUCUAGGGAUCAAACAAAAUAACCUUUAAUUCACAGAUCACUACCAUACUGUAUUUCAUUGUUUUCCAACCAGUAUUUUGUUCUGUAUGGAUGCUGGAAAGCCAAGAUUUUGAAAUUCUAAUCUAAUUAUUGGUCACAUUAAGCAGAGUCUUAUAAUGCAAUCGUUCGGGUUUCUGAGGUCAUCACUUAUAUUUUUGGUGAUGCCAUUGCUUAUAUAUUUUUAACAGGUCCCUGUGAUAGCUGUUAUGGCAACAGGAGGCGGAGUCAGAGCCAUGUCAGGAUUCUAUGGUCAUCUCCUAGCACUCCAGAAACUCAACCUUUUGGAUUGCAUUUCAUAUAUCACCACUGCUUCUGGGUCAACAUGGUAAGGAGUUAGGAAAGUAUGUCACAUUUAAUUAGAAUCCCAGCUGUACUGGGCACAAUCCAUUUAACAUUCUACAUUCUGAAGGUCAGUGGAACAAAUAUACACCUCAGUGGGAUUUCCCAUGACUAGUGUAUUUUGGUUCACACUCCAAUAAAAUUUUGCGAUGUGGGCCAAUAGAUACAAAAUUAAGGAACCUGAAUUUCGAUUCUCCUUCAGCCAUAGUGGCACCUACAGCUGAGGGAGAGCCGGUGGGCGAAUCGUUUCGGCAGCGGGAAGCCUGCAUGUGCCAAAGCCACAGCAUCUCUCACAGACAUUUAGUUCUGCACAGCAUUUUGUCACCCCCCUCGGAGGUGACACCCAGGGCGGACCACACCCACCGCACCCACCUUGCUACACCUCUGGGGUAAGGUGAAGUGACCCUUUGCUGGACUUCAUCAGCCUCUGCCACUAUGGAAGUCCCCAUGGCACCCAGGGGCAUAGGAAGUUCCUGUUAGUGCCAGUGCCCUGAAAUGAAGACAUUUUGAGGCCGCAGAAAAAUCCCUGUCAGGAGGGAAAAAGCUGGGGUAUACUGUAUUUGGUCCGAAUGUAAGCAGCACCUGAAUAUAAGCCGCACCUUUAAAAUUGGAGCGGGGGGAAUAAAAAAAUAAAAAAAACCUGAAUAUAAGCCAGUCCAUUCCUUGCUGCUCCUGGCUGCAUACUGGGGGGGGGGGAGCCGUGCAACGUUGCCAGCAGCCUUUCCCCUCUCUCCUUUCCCGGCCUGGGGGGAGAGGAUGCACGGGGCAGGCGGCGCUUUGCCACGCUCCUGGCGCUGUUUGCCCCGCGCUCCUGGCUGCAUACCGUAAGGUUGUUAAUAUAAUCCACACUUUAACUUUUCACAGUCGGAAUUUGGGGGCAAAGUGAGGCCAAUACGGUAAAUAAAAUCAUCAUCAUCAUCAUCCUUGUUCUGUAAAUGCUGUUUUUUCUCCUCCCUUUCUUAGGACUAUGACAGACUUGUACAGAAAUACUGAUUGGUCACAUGAAAAUUUGGAAGAAGCUAUCAAAGUAGUUAAACGCAGCAUGUUGAAGAGCAAAAUAGAUAUUAUUUCUAUCGAUCGAUUGAAGUAUUAUCACAAGGAGCUGGUUGAGAGGGUUAAAAGGGGGCACCUUCGAUCUUUUACAGCUCUCUGGGCCCUUGUUCAAGAAGCUUUCUUACAUGAUAAAGUAUGUAUAUUAAAUGUUUUGUUAUUCCUAAACUAGGGGCUCUGAUGGAUCUCUGUAGUCACAAGGGCUUACCUGUUGACAAAUCCCUGCGCAUGGAGGCAGUUUUUUUCCCAGUUAAAGAAAACCAUGAAAGACUCUCACACAGCUUUAGGUUACACUGUUUGCAAGAGCCAUCUUUUCCCCUUUGACAAUAUUUUAGGUUUUGCAAGUGCUAUUAACUUUGCACACCACAGAGCACUCCCUGAGUAGUGGUUUGAGCACUUUAAUAAUUUUUACCCAAGUAUAAAAUGUUCAGAUAUGGGACGCGGGUGGCGCUGUGGGUAAAACCUCAGUGCCUAGGACUUGCCGAUCGUAUGGUUGGCGGUUCGAACCCCCGCGACGGGGUGAGCUCCCGUCGUUCGGUCCCUGCUCCUGCCCACUUAGUAGUUCGAAAGCACGUCAAAGUGCAAGUACAUAAAUAGGUACCGCUUUAUAGCGGGAAGGUAAACGGCCUUUCCGUGUGCUGCGCUGGUGCUGGCUCGCCAGAGCAGCUUCAUCACGCUGGCCACGUGACCCGGAAGUGUCUUCGGACAGCGCUGGCCCCCGGCCUCUAGAGCGAGAUGAGCACGCAACCCUAGAGUCGGACACGACUGGAACCUAAAAUGUUCAGAUAAAAAAAGAGCAUUGAAAGCAGCAUUUGAAAGGUAGUGCUUAUAUUUAUGCUGACUUAAUCAGCACAGGAUUGAACCACAGAUAAACUCAGAAGUAGGCAUCACUAAGUUCAAUGGGACUUACUCCCAGUAAAUGUGCAUUGGAUUGCUGCCGCCCAUCAUAUCUUAAGAACUGUACACAAGAAAAUGGUGCACAAGGAAAACCAUUCUGAAACUAGUUACUAGUUCCCCUAAAACAUUUCUACAAGAAAAGAACAGAGUGAAACUCAUAGAAAGAUUGGCGGGCUGGGGUUGUUUCUCUAUUCAUCUUAAACAUGAAAAUCAUGUUCUUGGUUGGAGUGGGGAGGGAAAUUUUAAGCCAAGCCAAUUCCCAUGCUACCCUAAACUCAUCUGCUAAAGGCUAGCACCAAACAAGGGCCAUCUAAUUGUUGUGAAAUGCCCUUGGCUCAAUUUUUGGUGAGCCUGCAAGAGGCCAAGACUUAUGGUACAUAACAGCAACUAAGCAUCUUUACUGUCAUGUGCUAUGAAGUAAACGGGGAGAGAAAGUUGUAUUCCUUGGGGCAUUUGAGCUUUCCCUAUCUUAUCAGUGAAGAAGUGGUGGUGAUGGUGUGUGUGUGUGUGUGUGUGUGUGUGUGUGUGUGUGUGUGUGUGUAGAAGACCUAUAGUUCAGGGGUAGAUCACAUUAUUUCCAUGCAGUAACUGCUAUACUCAGUCUUUGGCCUAUCCAGUGAAAGGUGAUAGUUAGGUGAUUGGAAAAUCCCUGGAGAGCUGUUGCAAGUUUGGAUAGAGAACACUUGGACCAAUGGUAUGACUCCAUAGAAGACAAAUUCAUAUAUGGUAGGAGGUGAAUGGGCACACCUGCUAUUUCUAGAUCGGAUUUUUCUUUUCGGGGGCAGUGGGAAGCUCAUUUUCCUAUUCCAGCAUUAACCUUUCACUCAGAAAAAAUGGCCAGACAAUGAGAUUUAAUAACUAUCUAGACCUAUUCAUACCCUCUCCAUCUGGCUGGGUUUCCCCUGCCACUCAGGGCAGCUUACAGCAUAUAUACUUGCAGAGAGUAAAGUCAGUAUUAGAUUGCAGGGGGCGCGGUGGGGCGGGAAUCAAUAUGGUUUCAUAAUCAUCCUUUUGAUACUGGAUGCUCAUGAGAUAUUGGCUUCAAUGUUGUUUUUUUCAUUUACUUUGAUAUUAGUUUAAUGACAGUAAACUCUCAGAACAGCGGCAGGCUUUGGAUCAAGGCCAGAACCCUUUGCCUAUCUACACAGCUGUAAAUGUCAAAGACAAAGUCAGCACCUUUGAUUUCAGAGGUAGGUGUUGUCAUGCUAACCUCACUGUUGUUGAAUGGAAUCCUUGAUGCUGCUGCUGAACGCUUUGAGCAUUUAAAGACAGAGAGAAAUGUCAUUUGGUUUUGCAGUUGAGUUGCUUCUAUUUUGUAGGGGAAUCUAUUUCUUAGAGUAGACCUUCAGAAGGUCAAAUUAAACAAGAGUCUCCUUAAUUUGUAAUUGGGAGUUUGGAUUGCAUUUUUCUUUCAGUUUAAAGCUUACAGUCAUAUCAAACUGGUAUUUAGAGUCCUAGUGUGAAUAAUAUUUAUACGUCUCUUCCUAUUGGCUUCUAGGAGAUUCCUUUUCAAUGGCUUUAACCCUGAUUUGGAAUAAUCUGCUUUCUUUCUCUGAAAACCUGAGCCUGUUUCCAUGUUAACUUCUUUAAAAAUUGUAAUGAAAACCAAUGGUUCAAAAUUUCAAAUGAUGAUAUGUGAAAUAAGAAGAAAUUACCUUGUAUCCCAUGUUGACUUUUUUGUAGGUGGUGUUUUCUGUACCCAUAUUCCAGAUGUUGCAUAAAAUUGUCAGUGUUUUGUCAUCCAAAAUCUUGCUUGAAUGAGCUUAGGUGAUUCCUUUGCACACCUUUUGUUGCUCUCUGCUAGUUGGCCUUUUGUUCUUUAAAUACAGUGCAGGGUAAAUUAUUCUAUUUUUAAUUUAGACCAUCAUUUACUACCCUAGUCAGACUUUACAUUAAGAUACAAAAAUGGGACUCAGUGGUUUGCUGUCUGAUGAUGCUAGUUCUUCCACCAAGAAUGUCCACUGAGGAUGUUUGCUUACUUCUUUUCUGCUUCUUUUUAUGUUAGUGACCUAGCUAUAAAGUUUAGAGGCAUUUAACCUUCUGUACACCAUUUUGUUUGCAGAAUGGGUGGACUUCUCUCCUUAUGAAGUAGGGUUCCAGAAAUAUGGUGUCAACAUUCGUGCAGAAGAUUUUGAUAGUGAAUUCUUCAUGGGAAAGCUAGUGAAGAAGAUCCCAGAAUCCCGGAUUUGUUAUCUGGAAGGUGAUCUGUUUAUUCAUAAGCUAAACUAGAAAACCUAUCAGCCUUUUGACAUCCUUGCACAUCUCCUUUCUUCAAUGUUAUCAAUGCUUCAUGACAACCAAAUGAUGCCAGUGUACAAGCAUAUCUCUCAUAUUAUUUUUAAUAAUGUUAUACCUCAUUGUUGAUAUAUGAUGUAGCUUAUACAAGAUUCUAUCUCUGUGUAAAGAACAAACUCAGUUUCCCAAGACACCACACUCCUGUAAUUGAGUGUGUCAUGGUGUGAUUAUGCUCUUACUGCAUUCCUUCCAGCUGUUGUUUAAAAGUAUUGUUAGCAGUGCUAAUAGAGGCAACUAAUGUAUGGAAGAAAGAACAACCAAUUCCUUUCAUGCUUUCAUUGCAAACCAAAAAUGCACAGUGUUAAUUUUCCUUUGCCACUCACAAAUUACUUUCAAGAGCAGCAGACUGACAAAAUGGUUGAAAAAGUAAUGAUCUGAAUCUACUUCCUGUGUUUCAGUGAUAAAGCAACAUUUGGCCUCUCUUGUGGUAGUGUGACUAAUAACUUGGUGCUAAGGCAAAUAAUUUGCUUAUUCAUUGAGCAUAUAGACACUGAUUCUCCUGAUUCUGGUGGUUAACUUGGGCUAGUACAAUGAUUUUUCUGUGUGUUUGGAUUUACAGGUAUCUGGACUAACAUCUUCUGUGUGAAUCUUAUGGAUGGGCUGUAUACUGCUUCAACGACAGAAGAAUUUUGGGAUCAAUGGGCCAAAGACCUGACCAAGAGUAAGAGCUUCAGUACUGACCUCUUUAUUCUUGCUUGCACAGUUGUGGGUUGCAUGCAGCUCCCCCAACGUGCUUAUACCCUUCUCAAAUUUGUCACAUAAAUAAUUAACUUAAUGUUAAAAUUAAUGUUUAAAAAUGUUUUUGACUGCUUCUAUGGGCCACCCUCUGUGAUGCCACAAGCCAGGUUGGUUCAUAGGACAGAGGACACAAAACUUUGAAGUCUCGAUUUGGCAGACUUGCAUCACAUCCCAAUUCCUCAAUUCCUUCCCCUUCCCUUCUAGGGCAAUAACAGUGGCAUCCAGGAGCCAUGUUGACCAUGGCUUCCAUUCAACAUAGCUCAAAGGCUAAGGUUCUGUCAGCACAAGGAUCAUCUGCUGGCUUCUGCUAGCACAACAAUUUAAUUGAAUAAGGCUCUGCGAGUUUGAAGAGAAAACCAUCAAACUGAGAGCGGAGGUUAUAGUAUAGCCUUGCUGGUAGGAACCCUGAACAGGAGUACCCCUAUCAGGGGGAUGAGGAUACACUGCAACUUUUGGUUGUGAAUCCCACUUACAAGCAUCAGUGAUUGGCUUUUGUUUUCAUUUUCCAAGAGUGUGCCAGUUGGAUGAUGCCUUUAUCAAUGGAACAUGGUUGUGUGGAAAAAUACCUGAAGUGUUAUGUUCUGGAAAGGGAAGGGAAAGCUUCCAGAAAUUAACUUCCUCAAUAUUUUAUUUCAGGUGAAGAACAUGAAGGAUAUUUCUCCAUCUAUAAGCCUCCAACUUGUGGGCCUGGAAAACUUGGUGAAAUCUUUAAUGAUAUUCUAACUGAUCGUCCUUUAAAAGGGGAAACUCACAACUUCCUACAAAGUCUUGACUUUCAUAAAGACUAUUUGCAACAGAAAGAAUUUCUUGAAUGGCGAGGUAACUAAUAACUACGGUUCCCUAAAAGGUUUUGGCCCUUCACAACUAGCUCAGUUUUCUACAGCCAGCAGAAAAUUCAUCAAGACCCUCAGCAAUUUUCAACUGGUCCAUGAGUUUGGGAACCACGGUUCUAUGUAAUUUUCAUUUUAUAGCAAGGGGAGUGCUCUUGUGCAACUCCUGCUCAGUUUGCUGGGUUUACCCAGUAGAAGCAAGGUGAAUUAUUAUGAAAAGACAAUGCAAAUCUUACCAGUGAUGGAUGUUAAUACCUGCUACCAUGUUACUUUGACAUAAUCAUCUUUCUCAUGGUCAUGCUGAUAAGAAACCUUAAACCUUGUUUUUUUCAGAUACUGUGUUUGAUGCUUCUCCUAACAAGCUGACACCAGUGGACAAAUCACUGUGCUUAAUAGAUAUCGGCUUUUUUGUUAACACCAGUAUUCCACCACUCCUUAAGCCAGAGAGGAAUGUGGAUGUCAUCAUCAUAGUGAAUUAUGACGUUAGUUCACCCUUCAAGGUAAGAAGAAAUGAAUUCUAUAUGGCUUUUCCAUCCCAGUGUCUGCAGCAAGGUGGCAUCCCAGGAAGCUUUGAGACGGUUGUGGAGAGGAACAAUAGUUCAGCAAGUUCCAUCCUUGGCGUUUCUGGUUAAGGAUCAGGUUAAACCACAGAGCCUAGGACUUGCCGAUCAGAAGGUUGGCAGUUCAAAUCCCUGCGACGGGGUGAGCUCCCGUUGCUCGGUCCCUGCUCCUGCCAACCUAGCAGUUCGAAAGCACAUCAAAGUGCAAGUAGAUAAAUAGGUACCGCUCCGGUGGGAAGGUAAACGGCGUUUCCGUGCGCUGCUCUGGUUCACCAGAAGUGGCUCAGUCAUGCUGGCCACAUGACCCAGAAGCUGUCUGCAGACAAAUGCCGGCUCCCUCGGCCAAUAAAGCGAGAUGAGCGCUACAACCCCAGAGUCGGUCACGACUGGACCUAAUGGUCAGGGGUCCCUUUACCUUUACCUAAAGGGGUAAUGGGAACUCCAGAGAACUGUUGUCAGUCAGAGUAUUAGGCAGGGUAGACAAAUUAUCGGAUCUACUUUAAAGCAGUUUCAGUGCUUAUAAGGGAAGCUGCCAUGCUGACUCUGGAUCUGAAUAUCCCACAUACAAACUGGGGGGCGGGGCUUGCUGAAGCAAACAUGACACCUAAGAGAGGUGGAAGUAGAUUUAAUGAGAGUCAUAAAAUCAGCUUUUGGAACAUGAUGCAGGUAUGUAUGUAAGCGGUUUAUAAGGACAAGUUAGUGGAGUCCCUUCCUUGCUAAUGCAGGGAGUUAUAGUGGUGUGGGUUUGGUAUACUCACUCCAUCUCUGAAUCCACCUUGCUAUUCAAGAAUCAAGCACCACAGUGGGGGUGCCUUUUCUACUGGCUCUGAAAAGAAUUGUGUGGUCCCUGUAAAAAAGUCACCGGGCUGGGAUUUAAAAGGCUGUUGUUAUUGGGUGUUCUCUCUCUCAUUAACAGAAGUAAUACACACACAUAAAGCCUAUUGGACACAUUUGGUAAUAAUAAUAAUAAUAAUAAUAAUAAUAAUAAUAAUAAUAUUUGUACCCCACCCAUCUGGCUGGGUUUCCCCAGGCACUCUGGGUGGCUUCCAACAGAACACUAAAAACAGAAUAAAACUUCAAACAUUAAAAACUUCUUUUCACUUUUAAUUUUAAAUUUAUGAGAUGGGUGUGAUAUAAAUAAAGUAAUCAUAAUAAUAUCAUUUUUCUAUAACAAUUGCUGUCAAAGCAUCUUAGAGAAUAGAACAGUAGCCUGUAUUUUGUCUCACAGGUAUGUGUUUUGUAUUCACACCCCACAUUUCAGCCCUCUUUAGGUGGCCAAUCAUGGGUUAAUUCAGCGUGCCGUACUAUUGACUUAAAUUCUGAUAAACAGAAAGUGUUGAUUUGUGUCUUCUCCAGCAAAUACGUUUGACAGCCAAAUACUGUGAAGAGCAAAGUAUUCCUUUUCCAAAAGUUGACCUAACCGAAGAAGACUGGAAGAAUCCCAGAGAGUGCUAUGUGUUCUCAGAUGAAGAUAACCCACAAGCGCCAAUUCUGAUUUAUUUCCCUCUAGUAUGUGCCUCCUUCAAGGAGUACAAGGCACCAGGUAAAUUCAGCGUCCAUUGCCUAAUGCGUUUUUAAUAGCAAUCUCUAGUCUGAACUUCUUAGUCUUUUCCCCCCCCAUUUAAUUUUUUUGUUUAAUCCAUUUGAUGCUUCUAUCACUAGGAAUCCUCGCUGGUGCCUGCCAUUCCCCCCCCCCCCUUGAAAUGUUGGUGCAUGUUGACAUAGCAUCACUUGGAGGGAGUUCUGGGGAAAACUGGCACCCACCAGGAUUUUUUCCAUACACCCACUUUCCCCUGCCAGCAACACAGAGAGGAAAGAGAGAGGUUUGCUGAUUUAUACACCCACCCACCCACUCACUGAACACAGGUCUCUGAAAUAACUAAAAACCUGUCCCCACCCCACCCCAUCCAGAUGAGAGGUGGAAGGGGAGUGUGUACACCCUGGGUGAGAAGUAGGAAUGGCUUGAUUGAUUUUUUUUGUAUCUUGCUGUGUAGUAAAUUGGCAUUCCCAAUAUAUAUCUGGCAUAAUUUAUAUGCAUCUUACUAUGUUCUAUGCGAAUAUGUCCCAGAAUUGGGAGCAGUGGUGGCAUUUAGUUAGUUGGGUUGUGGAAUAGCUGAAAGGGUGGGGAAGAAUCAAACUUUGACCCCUGAGUUAUCCAAUAGGUUUUGUGGCAGGAGGUUUAUUACAGAAGUGCUAGGCCAGCUAUUGUUUACACAUAAUAGACUCUGGCUGUGUCUUCCAACUUUCCCAAGCAGCUAAAUAACACAAGAAGCAAGUAAGCAAUCUGUUUUUAAAUAGCCAUAAUUUGAAAUUUGUGUGUAGUGAAUCCAUCACUCCAAAUUGUAAAUGUGGGAAUGGGUUGGACCUAACGUAAGAUUCCACUUUCCUUCCAAUAAAAGGCCAAUGAGAGUAUAUGGAAAGAAUGCUGGAGCCAAGAUUUGCAGUCUUCCACCUUGGCCCCAAACUGUUAAUUGGAGACAAGCAAACAUGAAUCCCAGACAGUAACACAUUUCUGAGCUACAGGCUCACAUGGCAGCUGUAAAACUGUACAAGCAGGAGGCUUGCCAAUAGCAAAAUAUAGUAGGGCUUCAUACUGCAUAAGAUUGGACGAAAUUCAAAAAGGGAGGGAAUGCUCUGCAAUUACCUCCAAAGCUUGCCCCAGCCAUGGUGAGAUUCUAUAGGUGUCAUUUACAAAAUUGUUUGCAGAAACCACACACUAUUUAUUCACUAUGGACAUUUUCACCCUUUUCAGAGGCCUGGGAAAAGAAUGCCGCUGGCUUCUACCUCUGCCCCUAUGGCUGGGGUGGGGAGUUGAUUCAGUGUGCUCCUAAAGGCCAGUUUAUGUAAUCUGCAUUUUCUGAAACAAUAUGCGAACCCAAACACAGCCAUCCUUCAAAAUUCCAUUCUCUGAAUUUUGCACAGCAGUUCCCCAGCCAAGUAGUAUGUACAAAAAGGGAUGUGCUAGGGUAAAGUGAGCAUAUGAAUGCAUGCUUGGAAGAGCACACAGAUGCAAACAACAACAACAAAAGAAUUUGCAAAGAUGCAUUGUUGCUAUCACAGGAGAAACUUUUCUUGGGACUUUUAGCUGGUUGAAUGAAAGUUUCAAGGGGAUGCUGCUUGGAUUUGCAGAAAUGAGUAUUGGAAAAAUACCCUAAAAGUGCAAUGUUGUCUUGCCCAAAAGAAAAGAAAACCCUAUAGUACUUUUGGAAUUUCUUACUGCUCAGCAAAAUGGGUCGUGCAUAACAAGGAGAGCAUGGAAUAGGUGGAGUAAUGUGGAAUCGUUUUGUUGCUGUUGGUUGUUUCCAGUUUAGCAAACGCUGACACUUCCAACCAAAAUGCAGUACAGAACUCUGAAUGAAGUAAGGUUUGCUUACCAGUGGUAUUAUUUUGUUUCUUUCUUUCAGGAGUGAAACGCACUCCUUCUGAAAUGAGGGGAUGUGAAGUAAACUUGGGUAAAGACUCGCCUUACAAAACAAUCCAUUUAACCUACAGUGAGGAGGACUUCGACAAACUACUAAACCUGUGCACCUAUAACAUCCUCUGUAGCGAAGACCACAUCCUCCAGGCCAUCCAGCGUGCUAUACAGAAGAAGAAAAACAUUUGGUCUCAGGCUAGAAAGAAAUUCUGUCACCCUGAGCAGGGCACCAAUUAG